AUGAGAAUCAGCCAAAUCUUAGUAUCAUUAAUCUCAGCAUCAAUAAUGGCAGAUGCAUUAGCAUUACCAACUAAUUUAAAUAAAAGAGACGACAUUGAUGCUCACAUUAUUAAACGUAAAAAGACCAUCACAAGCACUUCAACUCAUUACGAAACUGUCAAUAUCCCAAGACAAACUUAUACUAACACAUUGGUAGCAACCAAAACGUCCACAGUUACCAGAUAUACAGCCACUAUAACUUCAACCGUAUAUGGCCCUGUCUCUAUUGCUGCUGCUCAAAAUAAUCAGAAUGAGGUCCAAAACUCAGAUCCAACCUCUCAAGCUCAAGAGGUUGCCAGUUCAAGCUCCUAUUAUGAUACCCCAGAGCCAACUCCUGAACCGAGCAGCAGUGCAUUAGCCCAACCUGCACCAAUAUCAAGUUCGGCUCCUACUACUACAUCUGCUCCAGAGGUUACUGGUCCUACAAGUAAUGAUUCUUGGGUUGUUGAAAAUGUGACAACGGUUACCUCUGAUGGGGUAUGUUAUGUUAAUUACGAUUAUUACUAUGAUUCAGACACCGUGGACGAAGAAACUAUUACCCUGACAUCUACCAUCAGUGUUACAAUUACCCAAAUGUAG